AUGCCUGGUCCCUUUUCUGAAGAUAUGGCACUGCCUCAGUACAGCUUUAUGGACGAUUACAGCGAGGGUGCACAUCCCCAACUUCUCGAGGCUCUUGUACGCACCAACUCAACCCAGCAACUUUCCUAUGGAAACGAUGAGCACAGCAACGAAGCCCGCCAAUUAAUCCGGACCAAGCUCUCUGCCACCGAGGAUGAGGUUGCUAUUCACUUUGUACCUAGUGGAACUUCCGCCAAUCUUAUCUGCAUCGCGAGCUGUUUACGGCCUUUCGAGGCGGUGUUGACCGUCGAUUCAGGGCAUAUUGUUAGCAAAGAAGCGGGCGCCAUUGAGGCUACUGGACACAAAACGAUUGUUGUCCCUGGGGUAGGAGGGAAAAUGACGCCUGACAACCUGGAAAGGGCUGUUCGCCAGAAUCAGUUCUUCCCGCACAACGCUAAACCGCGGUUGGUUUAUAUCUCCAAUGCCACGGAACUAGGAACGAUUUACACCAAACGAGAAUUGAAAAGCCUCAGUGCCGCGUGCAAACGCUGGGGCCUGUUGCUUCUCAUAGAUGGCGCUCGCAUUGGAGUAGCACUGAGUGCUCCGUCUAAUGAUUUGACACUGCGAGACCUAGUGGACCUAACCGAUAUUUUCUGGAUUGGUGGCACCAAGAAUGGCGCAUUACUGGGGGAAGCAAUUGUUGUACGGAAGCAUUUGGCGGACGGCUUUGCUUUUUAUUUGAAACAACACGGCGCAUUGUUAGCCAAAAGUCGUAUAAUAGGUGUUCAGUUUGCAGAACUCUUCCGGAAGAGCCUCUUCUUUGAGCUUGCAGCGAAUGCCAACAACGCAGCCCAGAUGAUCUCAAACAAUUUUCAAGAACUGGGUUAUCAACUAUCUGCGAAAACCGAGACGAAUCAAGUAUUUGCAAUAUUACCGGAGAGCUUGGCUAAGCGGCUUGAAGAACGGUUUCGCUUUUAUGUGUGGGAACACCUCGACAAUCAACAAGUUGUGGUUAGGAUCGUUACGUCGUGGGCUACAAACACAUCAAUGGUGGAUAAAUUUAACGCAUGGGUUCAGCAGUGGACUAUCUAA